GGAAAACAAGGAAGUUGACGCAGAUUUUCCAUCAAUGUAAACAGUGUAGAUGUGGCAGCACAGAGCAGCAGCUUACCCUGGAUAACAACAUUAAUUGUUUCUAUCAUACCCCACGUUCAGCUCCUAUGCCAUAAUGAAGGCAGCUAGAAGCAACAUGUUGGGUGCUGGAGUAUCGAACAACAAGGUCAAGUAUUCACGGCUGGCUGCUGAUGAGGAUGGUUAUAUAGAUUUACAGUUCAAGAAAAGUCCACCAAAGGUCCCAUACAGAGCAAUUGCACUGGCAAUAUUCCUGUUUCUGAUUGGCUCCUUGCUGAUAAUCUUCGGGGCCCUUCUUCUGGCAGGAACCAUAAAGGUUGAGCAUCCAGGCCGAACCGCUCCUGUCAUCAUCAUAGGGCUGCUCGUUUUCCUUCCUGGAUUUUACCAUUUGAGAAUUGCCUACUACGCAGCUAAGGGUUACCGGGGCUACUCCUACGACGACAUCCCAGAUUUUGGUGACUGAACCAAAUGACAGCUUCUGAUUGGUGGAGGAAUCCCCCUCCUUCUGCUGCACUGUGUAUCCUGAGACUGUUUCCUGCUGUUUACUUUGUGUUUCUGAAUGUUUGUAGCAAAAAAAAAGACACAACUUUAUCAUAUCAUGGCGCCUUGUGUUUAUUCACAGAUGCACCAUGCAUGCUAUUUUACCAGUUUUGCUUAUUUUUAUGAUUCGCUCUUAUUUAUUCUCUGCUCUGUGCUGUGGGAUCCUCCACACAAAGGCUUGACAAACCUUAAAGGGUUUAGAGACUCGACUUUAUUGACAGUGAACCAAACACAUAAUGAGCAGAGGAUGCCACAACAGCACAGCUCCGUUUUUGCUGUUAUUCAAAAUGUGCCACUCAUUCAAGAAAUUAUAUCAAAGCUUGAAUGAGUGGUGAGACAUCUUGGGAGUCUACACAGAUGCCUUCAGCUUACUACUGCUUGAAAGUGCUUGACCUGGAUGACUGAGAAUCUUUGUGCUUACUGCACAGGUGUACUGUGUAUCUGAAACAAAUAUUUAUUUGUCACUGUAGUUUGUAUAAAAUGAAAAGCUUGGGAGGCUGUAUUUGUCCUGAAAGA